AUGCGAUUCCACCUUACAACACUCCUUGCCGCCACAGCAGUGCUGUCGGCUCCUAUCGAGCCUGAGGCCGAGCCAGUCUCCCUCAUCGCUCGCGAUGUCGUCGCCCCAAACCAGAGCACUUGCAUUGCAUACCGGGACGCUUUCCGCAACAUCAACACGUCCGCAUUCAAGGUCACGAUUGGCCGACCAUACCUUGGUGGCGGUCGCUGUCCUGAACUCAAGGCCAAGGUCGGCAAGCAUUUCGACGUCAAGGGACUCAAGUGCCGCGGCGCGAAUGGCAAUAAGAACACCCUUAUCAUCAUGACUUCAAACAUGAAGGCCGGCAAUCUUGCCAACGUCAACAAUGCUCUUAAGGCCGCCUACCCAGAGAUCAACUUCUCAUGCCCAACCAAGUCUUCGGCUCUCACAACUAAGUGA